AUGUCUUUUGAAUUUUUGACUGAUUCUUCAGACUAUGCAGAUGAUUUUGAAGAUGACUCCCAAUCUAUUUCUGAGGCCUACUCAGAGGAAUCUGUUUUCCCUCAUCUAUUUUCGUCACUGGAGCACCAUUUAAACUCAAAUAACCCCAUAAAUACAACAAGUUCAGAAAUCCCCAUUGAACGAGCAGUUGGUUUUUUCCUUUCACAGCUAUCAAGCUCGAGCCGCGAUAUCUCUCAAAAAAUUCAUUGAAGUUAUGAGCUUAAACUUGAAAAAAUUGUAAAAAAACCUUAUAAUCUCCCUGAUAAAUCUGAAUUAGAAAAAAAAUUUGCAUCAUUACUGAAAUCGUUUAUGAUGAAAGGCAGGCUCGAAGCAGAAUUAAUGAAUAAAAUAUCCAAAAAAAUUCUGAAAACUUCUUUAGAUGAAGCCCGCAAGUGAAUCCUUUUAUCAUUAGAUAUAACUUGAUCAUCCCUAUAAAUUGCUAAAGCUUUCGAGUCCGCUGACAAUGGAGAGCUUGCAAAUUAACCUUGUUGGCAAGUCAGGCCUCAAUUUAAUAAAUAUACAAAAUAUCACAGAUCGGUCGAAUUAAAUUCUGACUUGCCAUCUCGAAUUGCUUACUCCCCCCCCCCCCCUCCGUGAGCGAACAAAACCAUUAGAAAAAUCACCAUUUUUUGACCAAAAACCCACCCUCCGUGAGCGAACAAAAAUUUUUUUAAUAGAAAAAAUUUUAAUGGAAAAAAAUUUUGAUAUAUAAGUGAUAAUUAGUAUAAUGAAAUCUAGAGCUAAUUCUGUUUAAUUUUAAACAAAUUGCGUUUUAAAACAUAAAUUUUGCAAAUUAAAUUAAUAUUUGCUUCCCAAUUUUUGCAAAUUAGGAUUUUUUUAAAUUUCGAAAAAAAAAUUUUUUAUAAAAUUUAUAUAUAAAUUUUAUUUAAAAAAAAAAAAUUAACCCCCCUCCGUGAGUGAACAAAAUUUUUUUGUUCGCUCACGGAGGGGGGGGGGGGAGUUAGUAAAGCUUUCCAUUUGGCAGUAGAACUUGAAGUCUCGAGCAAUCCAUAAGGAUGCUCAGCUAUAUUAUUGAAAAGGAAAAGAGACAAGCAUAUUUUAUGAUUGAUCAUGCCAAAUCGUUAAAUAAAACUAAAAGUGAAGAUUUACAAGAUGAAUUCUUGUGGAAGAGGUUUAUUUAUCAUCUGUUAUCUUUAUGUGCAAGAAAAGUUACAGUCACAGAGCCAUCAUGAAAUGUUAAAGACGAAAUUAAAGGAAUUAUUGAGAAUUCUUUGAAGGCAAGCAUAGUGGUGAAGAACAUAGUGUCAAUAGAAGAUUAUGGAUAUAGCCCUGCAUUAGGAUAUAGAAGAGGAUUCCAGGCCAGCGCUGAUAGAAAAGUUGAAAUCUCAGGCAAUUUCCAACUAAGCUCGCAAAUUGAAGCCAUCAUAAAUCAAUUUUUAACAUUGACUGAAACAAGAAAAAUCACCAGCCAGCAUUCCAUUAAAGACUUUGAAAUAAAAGAUGGAAGUUUUUUAUCACGAGUAUGCUUAGAAAUGCAUAGAGAAGUAACUAGAACACCUUUAACGUUGUUUAUAUAUUAUGACCCAAGAGAAGAAAAAUCCAUAGGAAUUUCAUCAUGGUUUUCAGCAUUUGAGCCACUUACAUAUGAGGAAGAUGUAAAUACAAAAGUAAUUUCAAUUGAGCUUUCGACUUUUAAAUUUCUAGGUAAUAAUCUCCUUGUAGAGUACAAUAAUCAAAGCUCAAUACUGGAGCCAGCUUCUAUAAAGCAACUCCUUCAAUUACCUCAGGCUUCGAAAUUUAGUCAAUCGGCUCCUUCUGCUUUAAAAUCAUUUUAUGUAAUCGAAAAAGAAAAUUUUUAUGCUUCUUGCAAAAAAAAUCUGCAAGCUUUUUUACGGCCACUAUCAGCUUCAGAAGUGUCAGAAUUAAUACAGGUUUAUAUAGAAAAUAAUCCACAACCCCAAAUGCAGAAGGAAUCAUUUCCAGAUUCAUACAAAUUGUCCUCGAAAUUAAAGUAUGGAUAUAUCAUAGUAAAAGAUUCAAUAUAUUUAUCAUCAGGAACUUAUUCAAAAAAUUGACUUGUACAGAUAAAAACAAGCCAUAAUAAGCCAAAAUGAACAAAUACUUCCUUUAAUAAUGUUUGCAAAUGAGAAGGGUGCUUAUCUUCCUUAAUAACUGAAAGACAGCUUGAUAGCCUUAAAAAUAUAAAUUUAAAUCGAACAUUCAGCAACUUAAAAACACAAAGAAAAUCCCAAAGCAUCGAGCCUAAAAGAAAGCAAUUAAACCCUAUAAAACGAUCUGGGACUGUUUCUGACUCUUUUAUAGCAGCAGAUCAUUGCUCAUUUCAUAAUCAUUAUAAAAACGUCCUGAAAAAUUCUCUUGGCCCAUCAUUGCCCGAUUGUACAGGAGAGCUUUGAAAAGCUAGCCAAGUAGGUUUAAAUUGGCAAGAAGAGCUCAGCUCUCACAACCGAAUAAGCCAGAUUUGCAAUGAAACAGCAAAAGAAAUGUUCCAAAACUUUUUCCAGUCAAUUUGUAAAAAAUCUUCAGUAGCUAAUAAGGCUUCAGAAAAUUCGGAUAUAAAAGAUGAAGAAAGUUUCAAGCUAAAACAAUAUAAACUUAUUGAAGAAUUGAAAAAUACUUUGGAUUUAGAAAAACAAUCUACAAAUGAACUAAAAAUGAUUGCUUGCUCAGAAGUACAAUUGAACUCAAUAAAGGUAAAAUAUAUACAGCAUCUAGUAUUGCCGCUCAAAGAAGCGUAUUUAUCGACACCAGCUGAAAAAUUGGUGAAAUUGAAAGGAAUUCGUAAACAAUUUGAACUUUUGUCAGCCUUUAGAUCAACUUCAUAUGCAACUGAAGCGAACUCUACAAUGCCUUUCAAGCAAGUUUCGAGGCCGCCUACAGUUCCUGCUAAUUUAUCUGACUCUCUUGCCCUUUUAAAUAAAACUAAAUUCUGUUCCAACUUAAAGGGGUUUUUUUAUUUGAAAAUAAUUUUCUUAAUAAGCAAUUUACAAAAUAUAAAUUGAAUUAAAAGCUAGUUUUAAUUUCUUAACUCUAAUGCUAGAUGAGACACCUGACACAUGAUGGCUUAUACCACUACUGCAAUGGGGCUGAAAUAGAAGAGCAUUUGCUAACUGAAAACGUAAUAUGCACUAAACAGAGAAAGGAGCUGCAAGCAAGGCUAGAAGAACUAUAAUUGAUUGGCAAGUAAUUGGGCUAUUACAAAUGGUGUUAUAUGGAACAAGAUAUGAGACCUGCUAGAAGCAGCUGCGAGAGAAUGGGAGAGAUAGAAUAGUGCAUAGUAUAGAGAUACGGCAACCAUGCAGUAUCGCCUGAAGAUGCUCAAAGACAAAGCUUGGAGAUUCUUGUGAAAAAUACAAGCAAAAAACAGGUGCAAGAGAAAAAACAGAUGAAAACUGCAAAUUAGCUAUUAAAGAACCCAUAACUGUUUCAACAAUGCACAAGCAUUGUUAUAAUUAAAUGAAUGAAAUAGAAUACUUUUGAAUUUUAAUUAUUUAUAAAGAGACAAUUCAAAAAUUAAUCAAUUCAAGCGCAAACUGUUAAAUAGCAUUCUAGUUCCAUUUCUCCCAUUGAUCAGGUCAAAGACAACUAUAUAAAAAUUAUUGAUCUUCUUUAAUAAAAUAAAAAUUUUAUUCCAAUUAAAGAGAUUUUUUACCUAAAAAAUGUAGAUUAGACUAGAUUAAAGCUGCGCAUUUAUAUCCCCACUUUCUGAGACCAUACAUUCCACGGUGUGGGCUAUGGAGUGGGCGUGCCACGGUUAAAUUGAGUCAGGGCCGAAAUCCCCAGUUCCUCAGUAGAGGUAUUUUCCUCCACGGUCCAAGUCAUAUGGGCUAUGCGGGAACCUCACUGUCGCCCUUGAAAUUCUGGUCUAAUCUGUCUUCCCUUUUUCUUUUAGUUCAGCACCAAAAUAAAAUUUCAUCCCCUUACUUCAUUAGGAACAGGCUAAGAAGCAGCCUAGGCAGGUAAAUCUUUUAUCUCUAUCGGACACCCAGCUUGGGCCUGGGCAAAAAAGAUGCAAAAAAUUGCCGAUCGGAUCAGGCCACUAUCAGCAGAAAUAAUGCUGGAACUCUUACUUCGAGGUUAACCCAACUCACGGGAAGUUCUUUGCACCAAAAAACACUUUCGAUAUGCAUAAAGACACCUACCACAGAGCGGGUCGUUCGUCACCGCCAUUUUAUGCAUAUACCCCAAAAAUGUAAAUUUUACUGAUAUUUUGUUUCAAUUAUCAGGGGAGUGAGCUCGCACCUACUGAAAGAUUUAGGAAAAAAGAGCUCAACAAAAAAAUGUCGACAUCUCCAUAUUUUGAUGCCCAGUUAAGAGUAGUAAAAAGGUUCAAUAAAAUAACCAAGCCACCAUUUACAAGCGGCUUUAAGUUGAGAAGUGCAGUUAGCCCAAAUAGAACAACAACUUAUGAAGGUCAGCAAUUUUCUCAAACGCCAAUGUAA